GGCGGCGGCGGCGACCGCGGCGCGCGCCAUGUCGUUCAGUGAGAUGAACCGCAGGACGCUGGCGUUCCGAGGAGGCGGGUUGGUCACCGGCGGCGGCGGCGGCGGCGGCCCCACGAACAAUAACGCCGGCGGGGAGGCCUCCUCUUGGCCUCCGCAGCCGCAGCCGCGACUGCCCGCGCCGCCCGCGCCGCAGCAGCCGAAUGGGCGCGGGGCCGACGAGGAGAUGGAAUUGGAGGGCCUGGAGCCCCAGGACUCGGAGGCCGCCGCCGGCGCGGACGUCAAGGAGUUGCUGCUGCUCCCUCCGGACACGGGCGGCCCCUCCUUGCUGGGCGGCGGCGCGGGGGGCCCCCUGCUAGCGGAAAGGAACCGUCGGACUCUGGCCUUCCGCGGGGGAGGCGGCGGGGGUCUCGGCAACAAUGGCAGCAGCCGCGGCCGCCCGGAGACCUCGGCGUGGCCCCUCAGGCAUUUCAAUGGGCGAGGGCCGGCGGCCGUGGAUCCGGAGCUGGACGCGCUGGAGGGGAAGGAGUGGAUGCAGGACGGGGCGUCCCUGAGCUACAGCACCGAGGAGGAGGGGGCGAGCCCGGGCGACGGCAGUGGGGCGGAAGGCGGCAGCUGCGGCAGCAGCAGGCGGUCGGGAGGCGACGGUGGGGACGAAGCGGAGGGCAGCGGUGUGGGAGCUGGCGAAGGAGAGACUGUCCAGCACUUCCCGCUCGCGAGGCCCAAGUCCCUCUUGCAGAAGCUCCAGUGCUCCUUCCAGACCUCUUGGCUCAAGGACUUCCCUUGGCUGCGGUACUCCAAGGAUACCGGCCUUAUGUUUUGCGGAUGGUGCCAAAAGACCCCAGAGGAUGGGGGCGGCGUGGACCUUGCCCAGGUGGGGCAUGAUGAGCUUUCGCGAGGGACCCGCAACUACAAGAAAACCCUGCUCCUGAGGCACCACGUCUCCACCGAACAUAAACUACACGAAGCCAACGCCCAGGAGUCAGAAAUACCAUCGGAGGAGGGGUACUGUGACUUUAAUAGCAGGCCAAAUGAGAACUCUUACUGCUAUCAGCUUCUUCGACAACUAGAUGAGCAGAGAAAGAAAGAUAUUCUUUGUGACGUCAGCAUUGUGGUGAGCGGGAAAAUCUUUAAAGCUCAUAAGAACAUCCUGGUUGCAGGCAGCCGUUUCUUUAAGACUUUAUAUUGUGUUUCAAACAAAGAAAGCCCUAACCAAAAUAAUACUACCCACUUAGAUAUUGCUGCAGUUCAAGGUUUUUCAGUCAUCUUGGACUUCCUGUAUUCUGGGAACCUGGUGCUCACAAGCCAAAAUGCCAUUGAAGUGAUGACAGUGGCCAGCUACCUUCAAAUGAGUGAAGUCGUUCAAACUUGCAGGAAUUUCAUUAAAGAUGCCUUAAAUAUAAGCAUUAAAUCUGAAGCGCCGGAGUCUGUGGUUGUGGACUAUAAUAAUAGGAAGCCGGUUAGUAGAGACAGCCUGACUUCAUCACGGGAUCAAAAGAUCGCCAGCUUCUGGGCUACGCGGAAUCUUACCAACUUGGCAAGUAACAUAAAGAUUGAAAACGAUGGCUGUGAUGUCGACGAGGGCCAAGUAGAAAACUACCAGAUGAAUGACAAUAACUGGAUCCGGGAUGGCUCUCCUGAAUUGGCUGAAAAUGAAUCUCAAGGUAAAACGAAAGUGUUUAUUUGGAAUAAUAUGACCUCUCAAGAGACUGGCAAAGCAAGGAGGAAAAACCAAACUACAAAGAGAUUCGUUUACAAUAUACCACCUAACAGUGAGACAAAGGUAGAGGACUCAGUGAUGCAGCCCCCUGCUGCCUACCCAGAAGAAAGCAAGGCCCUACUCAUCAAGGAAGAGCCAGAUUUGGAUGGUGCACUACUCUCAGGGCCUGAUGGUGAUAGGACCAUGAACACAAACCUAUUGGCUGAAGCCUGCAGUGGUCAAGAUGCUGGAGAUGCUGGAGCAUCACAUGAUUUCAAGUAUGGUUUGAUGCCUGGCACUUCAAGUGAUUUCAAGUAUGGGUUGCUACCAAGUACUUCAAAUGACUUCAAAUUCGGAUUGCUACCGGGUGCGUCAAAUGAUUUCAAGUAUGGAUUAUUGCCAGAAUCUUGGCCCACACAAGAAACGUGGGAAAAUGGUGACUCAUCUCUAAUCAUGAACAAGUUGAAAUGCCCUCAUUGUAGCUAUGUAGCCAAAUACAGACGAACACUAAAAAGGCACUUGCUCAUUCAUUCUGGAGUAAGAUCAUUUAAGUGUGAAAUUUGUGGAAAGAUGUUUACUAGAAGAGAACACGUAAAAAGACAUUCCCUGGUGCAUAAAAAGGAUAAAAAAUACAAAUGCAUGGUGUGUAAGAAGAUCUUCAUGUUAGCAGCCAGUGUUGGAAUCAAACAUGGUUCUCGACGCUACGGAGUAUGUAUGGACUGUGUAGAUAAAUCACAGCCAGGAGGACAAGAAGUUGUAAAUCAGGGACAAGAUACAGAGUUCCCUCGGGAUGAAGAGUUCGAGGAAAAUGAAGGCGGCGAGCCCGAUGAAGAACUGGCUGAAGACGGACAAGAUGAGAAUGAUGCACCUCGAUGGGAUGAGCCAGGAGGCGUUUAUGUCUCUGGAUGAUUAGCUGACCUACUAUAUUCCUCAAGAAUGCUGCAUUGAACGUACUAUGAAUCGACAAUUCGGAUUGUUGAACUUGAAGGCUUGCAAAAUAUGGUACAUGCUGGAUGGUAGUUUUGUUGCUGUGAAAAACUGUAGGGUUAAAGCCUUAUAGCAAAAAAAUUUUUUUAUAUUUGCACAGGACUAUACAGCAAACAACCAUGUGGUUGGAUACAUGGAGUCCUCACAUAUUUCAGUCAGUUGUCAAAGUAAACUAUUUUUUAUUUAUAGGAUAUACAGUUAACUAUUUGGGUUGUAUGAAAAUAUAAUCCUUGUCCUUUACAGAGCUUGCUUACAUUCAUGUGCCAUUUAACAUGAGUGAGGAAACCCAUUUAUGGAAGUGCAGUGACAGUUGUCCCAAUCACUCUGUCAAUCAAACCACUCAGGCUAGUUUAUACUAGUAGAGUUUUGUUUCUAUUUUUAUUUUAUUAAUUUUAUUUUUUUUAAUACAGAUUUUCAGUGAGGGGCUUUUUCAACCCCAUUGGUUCUAUUUUCUUGUAUUUUUUUUUUCAUUUUAUUUGCUUCAUAACUUAAACCAAGUCUCUUCUAGUCUUAGAUAUUAUUUCUUAAUUUUGUGCUGAUAGGCAUGCUUAUAAGAACUGGAGAGGUAAUUUAUUGGAAUGAACUAACUGGCUCCCCGCCCUCCCUCCCUUUUUUGACAUGAAUUUUACUACUUCACAAAUGAAGAAUGAUGUUACAAAGUUACCAUGGUGAAGCUGACAAAUACCACUAAAAUGAUUAUGACUUAGAAGUAACUUUCUCCUGCUGCUCUAAUCUGAUAAAUGGUUACUAUAUGAUGUGUUCUGACAUGGGUUUUGGUUUUGGGUAUCUGUUACUUUGGCACUAUUCUUGUUUGCCUCUUAGUGUACUAUACCUCAGCCUUAUUUGAAAUACAGAAGUCUAAUUGAAGAAUGACCCUAGGAAAAUACAUAAAGUGAUUUGUUUUAUAAUUCAUCCCCCAUGUCCAGUUUGGUUAGCUUGUUAUGCAAUAUAAGUGAAAUAUCAGGGUUUUUCUCCUGUGCCCUUUUUUAUCAUUAAAAUGAACACAAAAUGUGCAUUCUCUUUUGUUUCAUGCUUACCGGGAUGAGUGUUUUUAAAUUGUAGCUGAUAAUAUAUUUUUCCAUUCCUUAAAGUCACUACAUCUUGAUGAAAUCUUUAUAGUCUCCAUGAUUCAGCAACCUACAAAAAUACUACAAGUAAAGUGUUGAGCCUUUAUUGUUGCUUUAUCUAAAUUCCUCAGGAGUCAGAGUUCUUCAUGCAGUUGAGACUUAGUUUAUGUAGCCAGGUGACUAACGACUGAGCGGACAGCGGCACGCUCAGCAGCUUGUGACAGGCUAACGUGACAUGUGUCAGGAGCAGAGCAUAUAUAUAAAAAACAGAGACACCAUAUUUUCAACUUUCUUUUAAAUACAAAUUGAGUAUAUUUUCCUAUUUUAUAUCAGGUAACUAAAUUAUGACAGUUGUGUGGAGGAAACCACAGCUGCUUUGACAGACACAAUCUUUUUGGUGCUCCAUCUGUUAAAGUUCAAAAGUUGAUUUUCUUUUUGAAAGAGACAAACUUGGUCAUUGCCUCUGAUUUCAGUAGAAUAAUGGUUUGAUACUGGACAGUGACUUCCUGCAUGGGUAAAUGAGAGUUGAAGUGUCCUGCCUGUUGUGUGGUGAGACCACCUAUUGCCCUCUGGCCUGCAUGGCAGUCUCUGUAUCCCUCGGGGUGGCAGAAGGGUUUCAUUCUGGUUUUUGUUUGAAAUGAAGAGAACACCUUAUUCUCUGUGUUUGAAACAAAUGAGUGAAAUGUAAUUCUAGAGAAGUCCAAAGUAGACAUAGUUGGGCAGAGAUAUUAUGAUGAAAAAGUAUUUUAAAGGUAAAAUGUUGUGCUUUGUGAAUAUGUAAGUAUAGUAUAAAGAUUUCUCUCAUCCCACCUACCCCUUCCUUUAAAAUAAACCAUAGUUUACAAUUGGUAGAUCUGUCUAUAUAUAAAUAUAUAUUAAAGAGCAAAUAUAUAUAUUUAAAAAAAGAUCACCUAAACCUGCUUUAUUAGACAGUAGUUCACUUAUUGCAUAGAAACUGGACUUGGCUUUACAGUCUUAAUGUAUUUUAUUUACUUGAGAUAUGACCUUAUCUUGAAACAGAAUUUCCUUUAUUACUUAAAUCAUUUAUGUAUAUCUGGUAAAUUAUGACCAAAUUUUUGUUAGAUUGCACACAGUAAAUUGAAAUACACAUUUGGUACACUACGGGAUUGUUGUGCUUUUGUUUGGUUUUAGUUGGAAACAGGUUUGAUAUAGAUGACUUAUUACUGUUAAUUUAAAAUAUUCUAUAAUUGUCCAUUGCCUUUUAUGUCGUGUUGUGACAGAUUUGGCUAUAUUUUUAGUCAUCUGAAAUAUACUUUAAAAAGUUUGUUUUUAGGUAAUCCAAAGGAAAAAAAUGUUUAUACUCUUGAAUAUAUAUUUGCCUCAGCCUAUAUAAAAGUUUCUUUGAAGUAAACACUUUACCAGAAACAGCAUUGACAGAUUUUUCUACUUGCUGACUGCCUAAGUUAUUUUGUUUCAUGGUCUUGAGGAUUGCCUUUUCUCUAGACCUUUUUUUAAAAGUAGUUUUAGUACUAAGGUGUACUACUGGGCGCUCCUAUUUUUUUAAGUAUAUUCCUUUUCUGACAGUACAACUUCAGGAAGUUGAUAAAUCUCUAAGAAGUUUUGAUUGGUCUCAGAAAGGUAAUGGAUUGAAUACUCAGAAUUUUGUCUGAAAGUCUGACAGAGUUAUGUUGUACAUUCGGUGAAGUUUUUCAUGUAAUUUAUAUUUUAAAUAAAAUAUUUUUAGAGUUUUUAAUUUUAAUGGAGGGGAAGAACAUACACUUUCAUAUUCCACAGUGGUAAUACUAUGUCGUAGAUUCAGAUCAUGUGUUAUUCUCCCAGACAGUUUCUUCCAUAUGGUCUCUCAUUUGUCAAGGUUCUUGACUCUCGUAUUUUUUACUAGACAAAUUGCUAAAUUUUAGCACCCCAGUUAUCAAGAGCUUUGUGUGUGUGUGUGUGUGUGUGUGUGUG